GGUCCAGUCCGUCGUACUCCAGUGUGGUGGUCCCCCGUCCAGCGUAGCGUUCGACGGUAGCGUUUCGCUUGGCUUGGCUAUUUUCCAGCUUGUAUUGACUGCCCCCCUGUUCGGGAUUGCUCUGGAUUUGUCUGAGUGUGGGUAGGGCAAUUGGUGGAUGUUUCGUAUGUUUAGCACUCUAAUAUGCGGUGCAGUAGCGCUCCCUCGUUGGAUGGACCAUCAGAAUGGCCUCCACCAGCGGGAUUCUCCCUUGGUGUUUUUGUUUUCUAGAGAAAGCCGCCAGAUUCUCAGUCAGUCAGUCAGACAGACCAUUGUGCAAUCAAUGUACAUGGCAUCAAAAACAGACCGUCUCGACAUCGGUUACGAUACGGUGCCGCGGGUUUGUCAUACACCACACUAUGUACACUACAGUACCUACUUUUCUUGUGGUGCCCUUUCCGGGUCUGCCAGGCAGCCAAUAACGGGGCCAAGGGGGGAAAGGUGUGGGUGGCUAGGAGGACCCCAGUGUGCCAGUGGGCUGUGGGACUGGCACCGAAUGGAAAGACGCUAAGACCGGCGCCAUUGCUGGUUCCUGAUGCAAUCC